AUGGAAUCAGUAGUGCCUGCAUUUUCAUCUGGCAUAAACGAUGACGUUCGCAUUAAAAACUUCUUUGGAAAAUUACAAGAAUAUAUUUCAGAAGCUACUCUGAAAACAGAAGCGAAGAUUCGUCGUUUGACUAUGGAAUUGAAUCAACAUCGUGAGAAAACAGAAAAAGAUUUUAAAACAAUUGCUGUAAUAGACAUAAACUCUAAUUCUGAAUGCAUAAAAAAUUAA